UACAUAGCAGCGGCAUCAUCGUUAGUCCUACUUCGAUGUAAAUUUGAGUUAAAUUUUCUUCAAAAUCGUCCUAGACGUAGUAUAUUCUGAUUUAAUUCUCAUAGUGCUCUGCAUUCUAGAUGUCCAGUGUUUCUGAAGAUCAAAGUGACCAGUGCUCGUCCCCACCAACGAAGAAGUUGAAAAUACAAGAAGAAAACUCCACUACGGGUGCCAAGUGUUCAUCACACAACUCUGUCGCGCCUUCCCGAGACGUGAAGAUGUCUGCCAAUGGAACAGAUGAGAUUGAUGAAGGCCUGUAUUCAAGGCAAUUGUAUGUACUUGGCCAUGAUGCUAUGCGACGAAUGGGUGCUUCUAACAUCCUCAUUUCUGGUAUGAAAGGUCUUGGUGUUGAGAUUGCUAAGAAUGUUGUUCUAGGAGGAGUAAAAUCUGUAACUAUUCACGAUGAGGGAACGGCAGCGAUGACAGACCUCGCUUCCCAGUUUUUUUUGCGCAAAGAAGACAUUGGGAAAAAUCGGGCAGAAGUUACCCAACCUAGAUUAGCAGAACUUAACACCUAUGUACCAAUAACAUCUUAUACUGGACCCCUCUCUGAAGAUUAUGUUAGUAAAUUUCAGGUUGUUGUACUAACUAAUUCAUCCUUGGAAGCACAAAUCAAGAUUGGAGAUUACUGCCACUCAAAAGGGAUCCAACUUAUCAUUGUUGACACCAAAGGAUUGUUUGGUCAACUCUUUUGUGAUUUUGGAGAAAAUUUCAUAGUGAAUGAUGUAAAUGGGGAGCAACCAGUCAGCAAUAUGAUUGCAUCUGUUACCAAGGAUAAGGAUGGGGUAGUAACCUGUCUUGAUGAAGCCAGGCAUGGUUACGAGAGUGGAGAUUUUGUAACAUUUGCUGAAGUACAGGGUAUGAAAGAGCUGAAUGGCUGUGAACCAAGAGAAAUUAAAGUAUUGGGACCUUACACGUUCAGUAUUGGUGACACAACUGGUAUGUCUGAUUAUGUCAGAGGUGGUAUUGUGACUCAAGUCAAGAUGCCAAAAUCUCUCAAAUUUAAAUCACUGAAAGCUUCAUUGGCUGAGCCGGAAAUGAUGAUUACUGAUUUUGCCAAGUUUGACCGACCUGGGCAACUCCAUAUUGGUUUUCAAGCUUUGCACGAAUACAAGAAGAAAAAUGGAUGUCUGCCAAAGCCCAGAAGCAAGGAGGAUGCUGAAAAAUUUGUUGUGGCAAAAGAGAUAAAUGCAAAUGCACCAGCUGGAGCUAAACAAGACUCUAUAGAUGACAAAUUGUUAGGUCUGCUAGCUAUGAAUGCACAAGGGGAUGUUUGUCCAAUGCAGGCUGUAUUUGGUGGCAUUGCAGCACAGGAAGUCAUGAAGGCAUGUAGUGGUAAAUUCAACCCUAUAUACCAAUGGAUGUACUUUGAUGCCUUGGAAUGUCUACCUGAAAAUGAUGACCCAACCACUGAAGCAGAAUGCCAAUCAGNAAACAGCAGAUAUGCUCAAAUUGCUGUAUUUGGUAAGAAGUUUCAAGAAAAGAGAAAACAAAAAUAUUUCGUUGUUGGCGCUGGUGCUAUUGGUUGUGAAUUAUUGAAGAAUUUUGCUUUGAUGGGUUUGAGUGCCGGUGAAGGUGGUAUGCUGACGGUAACAGACAUGGAUAGCAUAGAAAAAUCCAAUCUCAAUAGACAGUUUCUAUUUAGACCAUGGGAUGUGCAGAAAAUGAAGUCUGAUACUGCUGCUGCAGCAGUGAAACAGAUGAAUCCAUCCAUGAAUAUUACUUCUUAUCAAGAUCGUGUUGGACCAGAAACUGAAAAUAUUUACAAUGAUGACUUCUUUGAAGCUUUAGAUGGAGUAGCUAAUGCGUUAGAUAACGUUGACGCAAGAAUGUAUAUGGAUCGUCGAUGUGUGUACUAUGGAAAAUCUCUAUUAGAAUCGGGUACCCUUGGGACUAAGGGUAAUGUGCAAGUUGUCCUACCAUAUGUCACAGAAUCCUACUCGUCUUCACAAGACCCGCCAGAAAAGUCAAUCCCAAUAUGUACAUUGAAGAAUUUCCCUAACGCUAUAGAACAUACUUUACAAUGGGCUAGAGAUGAAUUUGAAGGUCUUUUUAGAAAUCCUGCAGAGAAUGCUAAUCAAUAUUUAUCAGAUCCCAAGUUCAUGGAAAGAACAAUGAAACUUCCUGGCAUGCAACCAUUGGAGACAAUAAUUAGUAUAAAGAAAUCUUUAGUGGAUGACAGGCCUGCAAACUUUGAUGACUGUGUAGCCUGGGCUAGAAAUUAUUUUCAAGUUCAGUACAGCAAUCAAAUUAGACAGCUAUUGUUCAACUUUCCACCAGAUCAGGUGACUUCAUCCGGUGCCCCAUUCUGGUCAGGACCCAAAAGGUGUCCACAUGCACUUCAGUUUGAUCAAGACAAUUAAGUACAGUAUAACACGAAAUAGUUAUCAGCUGCAAAUUUGAAAGCAGAGUCGUAUGGCAUGAAAGGAAAUAAAGAUAAAGCUGUCAUUGCCGGAAUCUUGGCUAAAGUGAAGGUACCUGAAUUUGUGCCUAGGAGUGGUGUGAAGAUCGAAACAACUGAGGCAGAAGCCGCCCAAUCAUCAUCAGUGAUAGAUGAUGAUGUACACAUGGAUGAAGUGAGAAAAGCUCUAGCAUCUCCAAGUGAAUUCAAAGGAUUUAAAAUGAUUCCCUUGGAUUUUGAAAAGGAUGAUGACAGUAACUUCCACAUGGACUUCAUAGUGGCGGCAUCUAAUUUGAGAGCUGAGAAUUAUUCCAUUGAGAAGGCAGAUAGACACAAGAGUAAAUUGAUAGCUGGAAAGAUUAUUCCUGCUAUAGCUACCACCACCGCCGUCGUAUCUGGUCUGGUGUGUCUGGAAUUACUUAAAAUGGUUAUGGGAAAUAAAAAAUUAGAAACCUACAAAAAUGGAUUUAUCAAUCUUGCAUUGCCCUUCUUUGGUUUCUCAGAACCAUUAUCAGCACCCAAAACAAAGUACUAUGACAAAGAAUUCACAUUAUGGGACAGGUUUGAAUUACAAGGCAUGAGGAAUGGACAAGAAAUGACACUGAAAGAAUUCAUGGAUUAUUUCCAAAAUGAACAUAAACUUGAAAUUACUAUGCUAUCGCAAGGAGUCAGCAUGAUCUAUUCUUUCUUCAUGUCACCGGCUAAAGUCAAGGAACGAUUAGCAAUGAAAGUAUCUGAAGUUGUACAGAAAGUUUCCAAGAAGAAAAUCAAGCCACACGUGAAAGCUCUUGUGUUGGAACUGUGUUGUAAUGACACCGAAGGAGAAGACGUAGAAGUGCCCUACGUUAAAUACAACUUGUAUUAGUGUAUUACAUCUGAAGGAAGCAUAACCUACUUGUAUUUUUCCAGUGAUUCCAUUGUUACAUGGGUCAAAACAUGAUAUCUAGCGAUUUAUACCUGUCAGAUUUCACGGAUUAGCGCAUUUCAAAAAUUCAACCAGUAAUUUAUCUUUUACCCAGCUUUCAAUAUGCUACAAUGUUGCACAAACUCAGUAAUUAGACAAAUUUCGCCUCCAUUUGGUCUUGUAUAUUAUCUUUAUCGCAGUGACAUUCUCUGUCCAAUCCAAUAAAGGAUGCAGCAUUUCGUGAUCGAUUUGACCAUAUAUAACAUUAAGAAUAGUGGCAAUUUCCCCUCGGAUGCAUUGUUUUAUAUAUAUACACACACAGUUAAUGUGGGAAUGUAGGAAUUGCAUCUGUUUUCAUUGUAUAACUAAACUAAAUAAUACUUUGUAUUCUUUGCAAAUGUCUCAGAGGACAUUUCUAGAUGUUUAUUGUUACAUUGUUUUUCGUACUGCUGCUUUAAAGGGGUACCAUAUGUCAUCUAUGCAGCACUCUUGUCUGUUAUUCGGAUUAAAUCGUCAUGUUGCCAAA